GUUUACUCUGUCAAAUUCUGAAAUUGCACGUGGUUUUGUGUUGACAUUUUACUUAAAUAUCACAUUUUUAAACAUUGCCAUUUGGUACAUCUUCACUUAUUCAUUAGUUUACAAGAAUUUCAAAUGUCGCGAGCUACAAGACGAAAGCAUGUCCAAAAUGAAGCUUUGGAAAUAGACUGGGAACCUCCAAAAGAAGAUCAAUCCAUUGUUAAAAUUGUUGGAAGCAAAGGAAAUAAUUUGCACGAGGUGGAGAAUAUUGAAGGUUUGCUGUAUUUAGCGUCCAUGCCUACUAAAUUUCGAAAAAAUGUUUGGAUUAAAAGAGGAGACUACGUUAUUGUUGAACCUAUAGCUGAAGGAAAUCGUGUCAAGGCGGAAAUUGUGCGAGUUUUAACAAAUGAUCACAAGAAAGAAUUCAAGAGGCUCGGUGUUUGGCCCUGGCCUGAAGAAGAAAGUAACGAUUCGUCAUUCAAGGAAGAUGAAUAUGGAAUUAUUCCUAACACGAAUCGGAAGCAGCAAUAUGUAGAAGAAUCUUCUGAUGAUGAAUGCUCGGAAUCUGAAGAAGAAGCAGAAAAAUGAGGUAAAGAAUCAUCAAGUUGUC